CUCACAACACGGAACAUGGCGACCAGCUCGGAUCGGAAUCCACCUCCUUUCCCCGCUACAGAGGAGCCAGAACCCGGCCUGUCUGGCAUGGCAGACGGCGACAGCGACGAGGGAGAGGACAUAUUCGUUAAUAACAGUAACCCCGUGUCUGUGAGUCGAGGAGUUUCUCAGCCGGACCGAAGCAAUGUGGAUCCUCCAGACCUGUUCGGUGAAGAUGAGGAAGAGGAGGCCAGCAGCACCGCGGCCAAAUCCAACGGAGUUCACUCUGAUGAUGACAACGACCUGUUUGCUGAAGCGCACGUGGAGCUAAGCACAGACAAAUCCGACAGCUCUGCUCGAAAGGAGCCCUCCACCUCGUCCGGCCCUCGUCCUGCCUCCACGUUCACUCAGGGCCCUGCAGCAAUGCAGCCUGCCUCCUUGGAACAGCUGGAGGAGGAGGAGGCCAUGGAUAGUUUUGAUGUGGAUGUUGCUGUCACCAACCCAGAGAAAGUUGGAGACGGCAUGAAUGCAUAUGUGGCCUACAAAGUAUCCACAAGGACAUCCUUGGCCAUGUUCAGAAAUAAGACCUUCUCUGUGAGGAGGCGUUUUAGUGACUUCCUGGGUCUUUAUGAAAAGCUGUCAGUAAAACAGUCGCUCCACGGCUGCAUCAUUCCACCGCCACCUGAGAAAAGUGUUGUAGGAAUGACCAAAGUGAAGGUGGGAAUGGACGACCCGUCAUCCGUGGAGUUUGUGGAAAGAAGACGAGCGGCUCUGGAGAGGUAUCUUCAGAGAAUUGUGUCUCACCCGUCAUUACUACAAGAUCCUGAUGUGCGAGAGUUCUUGGAGAGAGACGAUCUUCCCAGAGCAGUGAACACUCAAGCACUGAGUGGAGCUGGUUUCCUCAAAAUGAUCAAUAAGGCUUCAGAUGCUGUCAACAAGAUGACCAUCAAGAUGAAUGAGUCUGACACUUGGUUUGAGGACAAGUUCCAGGAGGUGGAGAGCGAGGAGCAGCAGCUGAGGAAGCUUCACGCUCUGGUCGACUCCCUCGUCAAUCACAGGAAGGAGCUGUGUGGGAACACGGCAAUAUUUGCCAAAAGUAUGGCCAUGUUGGGAAACUCUGAGGACAACACAGCACUGUCGCGGGCCCUGUCCCAGCUGGCAGAGGUGGAGGACAAGAUGGAGCAGCUGCAUCAGGAGCAGGCAGCCAGCGACUUCUUCAUCUUUGCAGAGCUGCUUGCUGACUACAUCCGUCUCCUUGGCGCUGUGCGGGGGUGUUUUGACCAGCGCAUGCGGGCGUGGCAGCGAUGGCAGGAGGCUCAGAGCACGCUCCAGAAGAAGAGAGAGGCCGAGGCCAAGCUGCUGUGGGCCAACAAACCCGACAAACUGCAGCAGGCAAAAGAGGAGAUCACUGAGUGGGAGACGAGGGUCACUCAGUACGAGAGAGACUUUGACAGGAUCGGCUCGGCUGUGCGCAAAGAAGUUCUCAGGUUUGAGAAAGAAAAAGCCAAGGACUUCAAGAGCCAGAUAAUCAAAUAUUUGGAGGCGAUGCUUCAGUCUCAACAGCGGCUUAUUAAGUUCUGGGAAGCAUUCCUGCCUGAGGCAAAGGCGAUUGCUUAGUGAAGUGGGACACUUUUUAAAGACCCCGACUGCCUUUUUGAACACUUUACCUCUUUACCAGGAACUGAGAGGACACUUUUGAAACACACAACAAACUUCCAUCCAUACCGUCUUUUUAAGUAUAGUGUAUUCUCUUAUUUUGUACAGGUCUUUGAUAUAAGAAGCUGCCGCAUUUACACAGCAUUUCUUUGGUAUAACUCCUUCAUUAAAAGUUGGUGUAAAAGCAAAAAUCCAAACAGAGAUUAACCCACCCAUAGUAUUUGCAAAACUCACUGUCUCCUCAGUGGGGUAUAUAUAUUUAUGUUUCUCGCUUAAACCACUAUAUUAAAGUGUUAACACUGAGGUACUGCCCUAGAAUAACAUUGUCUGUAGUUUACACUAGAAUGUAUGUAAGUCAUUCCACUAACACAUUUUGUUGAUGGAUGCAUGUCAGACAAUGCACUAAAACGUAUUUUUCUUUCAAAUAAAACUCCACAAUUGACAGCUGAGGUCAUUCAUAAGAAGUAUUAGAACAUUGUUACAGUGCAUCACACAAUGAAUAUGAAGUCAUAGAUUACAGUCUCAUCAGAGGUGUUACAAAAUGAACGUGAUGAUUACAGCGAGUGCAGGUUGACAAAAUGCAAUCGCUGCUUUGUUGGUAUUUUCUAUGAUGUUGUAUUUGCUGAAGUCAUGUUUAUUAUAAUGAUCAGUUUCUUCCACAACAGUUUGAAGUGCGUACAUGUGUUGUGUCGCAGAUUGAAGGAACUCCUUUGGAAUUGAGAUUGUUUACGAGCCACGUACUGUAAAAAGAACAAACACUCUUGACAUAUACAAAUGUGCACAUUGGCAGUACUGUGAAUCAUACGACAAAUGUCAAACUAUCAUUCGUAACCGUGCAUUUUUAGUUUUAUUUUAAUUCUUUUAUAAAUUGGGUUAACAAUGACGGAGCGCCACAGACAUUCAAGUGAUACAGUCCCUUAUUUUCUUAAUGAUCAUUUUUAAGUGUAGUUUUUUCCGGUCGUGUCAUAUUUACGUAAGGAUGUGCUUUAUUUUUGUAACCACUUUGCAUUAGCACACACAUUUUCCUGGAAAUGCUUUACAGGUAGAUGUACAAAAUAAAUGAUGAUUGGAUAA